ACCGGACUGAAAGUGCUGCACAGGAGCGAGAGGAGAGGCGCGCGUAAAAGCCAGGCACUGAUUGAUCCUUCCUUUCUAGUAUCCCUCCGCUCACACACAAACGAAGAACUAAACUAAAAUGUUGUAAUUGUUCAUGUUUCAUCUCGUGGACACUUCCUGUUAUUACUGAAUUUGGUUGCACCUGCUGCUCGCUGGCACAUCCGCCUCCUCUUCGCUGGAGCCGGUCUGAGCUGGAGAGUUCCCCCGCGUAACGCGUCAUGGGACACUGGAGAACCACCGCAGCGCUCUGCUUGCACACCUGAAGCUUUUGUGGAUUUAUAGGACACGUUUUAAAAGACAACCAACAUUAUUUUUAAAUGAACUCACACUGAAGGGAGACUUUGGUUUUACCGGAACUAAAAAACAAAACAAAACAAAAAAAAAAAACUGAUAGGAAUUUUAUCUCAACACUUUGACCUCGGUUAGGAUUUUGGUGAAGUUGGCAGAAUGACCUCGUUCAUCUGCUUCAUGAUGAUCGUCUCCUGCUGCUCUACAUUCACAGCUGAAGGACAUAGGCAGAGAUAUCCUAAGAUUGUUCCUUCUGUUGAUCAGCUGGUUCUUCACAAGGACGAUUUGUUGAACCUCACUUGCAGAGGUCAAGGUAUCUUAAACUGGACACUUGGAAAUGCCCAACGCUCAAUCUCAUCAGAGGGUGUGAAGGUAGAGCAGUGUGAUCCCAAACAUUACUCUCACUGCACCAAACUUACAAUCAAGAACCUGACUGCCAGUGACACAGGAAGUUACUUCUGCUCAAGAGCUGGUUCAGACCACAGCGCAUCGGUCUAUGUCUUCGUCAAAGAUCCUGAGCAACCGUUUGUCGAGCCCUGUGACACAACGCCGUACGUUCUGGGCAUCUUCAGGAACGAGACCAGCCUCGUGGUGCCAUGCCGAACAUCCUCACCUGAUGCUGUUGUGACACUGAUGGGGGCCCCAGCUCUGUCACAGGAGAUUGUUAGAGGAAUGGUGUGGGAUCCUAAGGUGGGCUUCACAAUCCCUUAUGGUUCCUACACCAGCUACAUGUUGCUCACCUGCAGCACCAACGUCAAUGGGCACCAUUUCCUGUCAAAGUACAUCCCUAAAAGACAGACUUUGGUUCUGAAAAAUGUGAAGAUCACCCCAGAACACACCAGGGUGUUAGUUGGACACACUCUUGUCCUCAACUGUAGUGGAGAGACCACCCAUAAUGGUAGAAUAACCUUCACCUGGGAUUUUCCAGGAUCGAAAGACAAUCGACACUACAUGAGCAAGUCUGUGCCCACACCUGCUAAGGUUCUUGUGAUGAGCAGCACCUUGAUGUUGCCAAACGUUACCAUGGAGAAUAAGGGAGAGUACCACUGCAAAGGUGAAAUCGGACUCAAACCCCACAUGGUUGCAUCAGCAAAAGUCACUGUCUACGAGCAUCCAUUCCUCCACAUUUCCAACAAACGUGACACAGUGACUGUGGUAGAAGGCAGGAAGAGGCUUGUGUUGGAGCCCAGGGUCAACGCUCUGCCGCAGCCAGACAUAAUAGCAUGGUAUAAAGAUGGCGACCUAAUUACGAAGAAUUCCACAUGUUAUAAGAUGUCUGAUUACAGACUAAUCAUCACUAGGGUGGAGGAGAAAGACGAUGGUGUUUUCACUUUGAGCCUGGGCAACAGGCUGAAGGGCCUGCACAGGAAUGUGAGCUACACUCUGGUAGUUCACGUGAAGCCGACCAUCUUGGAAGCGGAGCUCGCCACCAAGGACGUGCAGCCCUACCUGCUCGGCAAGCAGUAUCGACUAACCUGCUCUGCUUAUGCACGGCCCUUACCGAAAAUCACCUGGUUCUGGCAACCGUGUAACUCAGACAAAGCACUUAGCAAUUGUUCCACAAACACAGAGACGAUCCAGGUCGGGCCCAAUGACCGGGAAAAUUAUUCCCAAAACUGGAUCAAGACCAUAAAUGUCAAAUAUGAACUGGUUAAAGGAAAAAACAAGACGGUGAGCACCCUGUUGAUCGGAGAGGCUCGUGUUUCUGGAAUCUUCUCCUGCAUGGCUGAGAAUGCCCUUGUUGGCACGAGCACAAUGGAGAUUCCUUUCUAUGUUGACGAUGACCCAGAGGAAGUCAACAUCCAGCCUCAAACUGCUAUAGAGGGCAACAACAUCACCUUGACCUGUCGGGCAACGCGUUACCUCUACACCGGCCUUAGAUGGGUGGACUCCAGGAAUCAAACCAUCACUUCCAGCGUGUCUCAGCUUCAGAUCAGCAACCACUCCAUUUCUCUUGCUUUAUAUCUGCACAACGUGUCUCAAAGCAGCUCUGCAGGUUACACAUGUCAGGCAGAUAAGCUCCACAAGGAGGUUAAAUCCAAGACUGCGUCGCUGAUUGUAAACGAGAGAAAACAACCACACUUCAGUCAGAAUCUGACAAAUCAGGACGUGAACAGCAGCAGCACCCUGGUCAUGGCUUGUUACGCCUCAGGGGUUCCUCAGCCUUACAUCAUGUGGUUCAAAAACGGUGUAAAAGUGGAAGAAAGUCCAGGUGUCAGCCUGCAGGAGGACGGGACUCUGAUCAUUGAGAGAGUGAAGAAAGAUGACGAGGGUGUGUACGAGUGUGUGGCCCAAAACGUGGAGGGAUUCGCCAAAACGAGUGCUGUUGUCACGGUGCUCGGAGAUGAUGGGAAGCCAAAUAUUGAGGUGAUAAUUCUGGUGUGCACUGGAGCUGCGGCCACUUUCCUCUGGCUCAUGCUCAUCUUGUUCAUCCGGAAGCUCAGGAGGCAACCAUCUCACUACAAGAUGGGUCCGUCUAUCAUCAUUGAUCCUGAUGAGUAUCCCCUGGAGGAGCAGAACGACCUCCUCCAGUACGACAGCAGCAAAUGGGAGUUUCCUCGUGAUCGCCUGCGACUCGGUAAAAUUCUGGGCCACGGAGCAUUUGGGAAAGUGAUGGAAGCUUCCGCCUUUGGAAUCGACAAACUCUCCACCUGCAAGACCGUUGCAGUGAAAAUGCUGAAAGGAGGUGCUACGUCCAAUGAGCGUAAAGCUCUGAUGUCAGAGUUAAAGAUUCUGAUCCACAUCGGGAAUCACCUGAAUGUGGUCAACCUGCUGGGAGCCUGCACGAAGCCUGGAGGACCCUUAAUGAUGAUCGUGGAGUUUUGCAAGUAUGGCAACCUGUCCAACUAUCUGAGAAGCAAGAGAGACGACUUCCUGGUGUACAAGAGCCCAGACGGUAAGGUGGUGUCGGCCGGGUCGGGCUGUGAGCUGAGCGAGCUGAUGAAGCGCCGCCUGGAGAGUGUGGCUAGCACCGGAAGCUCUGCCAGCUCCGGCUUCAUCGAAGAUAAGAGCUACUGCGACUCAGAGGAAGAGGAAGAAGAAUCGGAAGAUUUAUACAAGCGAGUGCUGACUCUAGAGGAUUUAAUCUGCUACAGUUUUCAGGUUGCAAAGGGCAUGGAGUUCUUGGCUUCACGCAAGUGCAUUCACCGGGAUUUGGCUGCACGAAAUAUCUUACUGUCUGAGAACAACGUGGUGAAGAUUUGUGAUUUUGGACUUGCCAGAGACAUUUACAAAGACCCAGAUUACGUGCGCAAAGGAGAUGCCCGGCUGCCGCUCAAGUGGAUGGCUCCUGAGGCUAUUUUCGACAAGGUCUACACGACUCAGAGCGACGUCUGGUCCUUCGGGGUUCUCAUGUGGGAAAUCUUCUCUCUGGGUGCCUCUCCUUAUCCUGGUGUGCAGAUUGAUGAAGAGUUUUGCUGCAGACUAAAGGAGGGGACUAGGAUGAGGGCACCAGAUUACGCUCCCACUGAAAUAUACCAGGCCAUGCUGGACUGCUGGCAGGGCGAGCCGCAGCAGAGACCCACUUUCACAGAGUUGGUGGAGAGACUGGGGGAUCUGCUUAUGGCCAGCGUGCAACAGGAGGGCAAACACUACAUACCCAUAAACACAGCCUUGCUGGUGAAGAUGGGAGACCAGACUGCUGCGGUGGAGACAAGGGAGACACGCUCACGACCCGUUUCUCGCCGCGAUUCAGGAGGCAAUUGGAACAUCAAGAUCCGUCCUGCUAGCGUAAAAACCUUUGAUGAGGUCACCAUGGAGGAGGGGACAGAUGAAAACCUUGAGGGUCAGUCGGACAGCGGGAUGGGCCUUUCCUCUGAAAACAUGAAGACACUGAUGCGGUUCGAAUCGUUGGCAGGACGACCUCUGAGCAUCAUGGCUCUGGCGAUGAAGGCAGUGAGUAAGAGUAAAGAAUCAGUGCUGAAUGAUGCAGAGAAGGACAAGUUUCCUCCCACUGUUCCACCUUUAGACUUCAGUCUGGAUGACUCGGCUCUGGACGACAGCCUGGAGUGUCACAGCCCUCCACCUGACUACAACUACGUGGUGCGCUACUCCACCCCUCCAGUGUAAAACCUCCCGUCUUUGACAAACUGGUAGUGACAACCUUCAAAGCCUUGGUUUCCUCCUCCAAAAGAUUCUCUGUAGCAUCGCUUGAGAGGAAAACCUGAGAUUUCCUCAUGUUCUGUAACCAGAGCUAGUGUGAUGCAAAAGGAAACCUGUGGACUGUUGAUUCCUCCAGCUUUCAUCGAUGCUGCUGGCCCAUUCCACCUUCACUGUGACACGUCAAACAGCUGAAAACAGGCUCAGGUAUUUCUUUGAUCUACUGUGAAACAGCUUCAGCACCGAUCCGAAAACCCAGCAGGAAAAACGAGGGAAAGGUUACACCUCACAAGGGAAGGAUCUUCAUUAUUUUAGACCCUCUUAAGGAAAAAAAACUAUUAAUUCAAUAAUACGAGCAAAAAGCAGAGUAAAAACUUUCAACAUUUAUUGUUAGAAGAUGAUUUUUUUUUCUAUCAGUGUUAUUUUUUAUAACAAACUCAGGUUUACCCAGAGGGAGAUAAAAAUGAGCUAUUUUAAUUUCUGUGGGUUUUAAAUCACAGGAUGAUGAGGAAACAGGGUUCAGAUUUAACAGCUUGACCAUAAAUUGCAUCAAAUGCAAACACAGACCACUCAUGUUAGACUGGUGUCCAAAUAAAAGGAUUUUUUUUUGCUUCUUUUUGUUUUGUUUUUAGGUCAAACCUGAAGAACAACAGAGAUUGUAUAGUAAUUUGUAUACAGAAGCAGUUAGAAUACACAUAAAAUACUGAUAGUUUAUUCAAAAAGCACGUAAAAAAUGUGUUUAUAUACCUAUAACUACAUCUGUUGUUACACUGUCACUUAUUCACCUAGUCUAAUCCUGUUUAAAAGCUAACCAAAGUAUUUUUAGCAUGGUUUUCCUGAUUAUAACUGUGUAAAACUGUGUUUUAUUCCACACUGUUCAUGCUGCUGUACCGAGAGAGCACCAGCCUGCUACGCAUCACACGCUCCACCACCAUGAAACUUCUUUACGUUACCGUUUUAAACAUUUUAAUAUAGGAUGCAGAACCUUCAGUCACACCUGUUUUCCUGCCUGUGUAUAUGUGCACACCCUGCAUAGUUGCAGCUAUCUACUACUCAUCAACCACUAAGAAAAUGUGUUUUUUUCCCAGAUGUUAUUGUGUUCCAUGGAAAAUGAGUAUGCACUGAUACUACCAAGUAAACUUUGUUUUGUCAUAUUUUAUUGAGAUAGUGUUGUAACAUUUUGAAAAGAUUUCAUAUUUUCUUUUUUUUACCUCGUAUUUAACUGUUAUCUAGUAUUAGUAGGAAAUUAACAUUUGCCACUGUUGUUGUAUUAUAAUUUUUAACAUCUGUAAGGAUUUCAAGCUUUAUGUGUUUAGUUGAGAGAUUUCAACCUCACAGUAACAUUUGCAAACAUUCUGAAAACAAAGAAAAAUGAUGAUGUUGUUGCAUUACUAAAACAGAAGUCAACCCUGCAUGGUGUGAGAACUUUGUUUUAAGAAGAAUGAUGCUUUGCAGCACUGUUAACGGUGCUUAUGAAGUAAAUAAAUAAAUAAAUAUAUAUUUGUAAGUCA